GGAUUUUCUCGCAAUGACGCAAGCCCACAUCCGCAUCCUCGGCGCGCAGCCGGCCGAGUACGCUGAGAUCUUGUCGCCGGACGCCAUGCGCUUCGUGGCGUACCUCCAUGAGGCCUUCGAGGGCCGGCGCCAGGCGCUGCUGCAGGCGCGCGUCCAGCGCCAGAAGGAGCUCGACGCCGGCCGCUUCCCGACGUUCUUGCCCGAGACCAAGUACAUUCGCGAGAGUGAGUGGAAGGUCGCGUCGAUCCCCAAGGACCUCGAGGACCGCCGCGUCGAGAUCACGGGCCCCGUGGACCGCAAGAUGGUCAUCAACGGCCUCAACUCGGGCGCCAAGUGCUACAUGGCGGACCUCGAGGACUCGUCGUCGCCGACGUGGGCGACGAUCGUGUCGGGCCAAAUCAACUUGCGUGACGCGGUCCGCCGCACGAUCUCGUACGACCACCCGGCGACGGGCAAGAAGUACGUGCUCAACGCGACGACGGCGACGCUCCUCGUGCGCCCGCGCGGCUGGCACCUUGACGAAGCGCACGUCACGAUCAACAACCAAGUCGUUUCGGGCUCGCUCUUUGACUUUGCCUUGUAUUUCUUCCACAACGUCCACGAACUCCGCCUCCGCGGGUCGGCGCCGUACUUUUACCUCCCGAAGCUCGAGUCGCACCUCGAGGCGCGGCUCUGGAACGACGUGUUUGUGGCGGCGCAAAAGUACCUUGCGGUGCCCGUGGGCACGAUCCGCGCGACCGUCCUCAUUGAGACGCUCCUCGCGGGCUACGAGAUGGACGAGAUCCUCUUUGAGCUCAAGGAGCACUCGAGUGGCCUCAACUGCGGGCGCUGGGACUACAUCUUUUCGUUCAUCAAGAAGCUGCGCAACCACAAGGCGUUUGUGCUGCCGGACCGCGCCGCCGUCGGCAUGACGACGCCCUUCAUGGCCUCGUACGUCAAGCUGCUCAUCCACACGUGCCACCGCCGCGGCGCGCACGCGAUGGGCGGCAUGGCGGCGCAGAUUCCAGUCAAGAACGACCCGGCGCUCAACGACAAGUUCAUGGCGGCCGUCCGCGACGACAAGCUCCGCGAGGCCAAGGCUGGCCACGACGGCACGUGGGUCGCGCACCCGGGCCUUGUGCAGAUCGCGAUGGACGUCUUCAACGAGGUCAUGCCGACGCCGCACCAGAUCGCCAAGGUACCGGCGCCGUCGUCGCCUGUAAACGCAGCCGACCUCAUUGCGGUGCCGACGGGCCCGAUCACGGCCGCGGGCCUCGAAGAGAACGUUGACGUGGCGCUCGUCUACACGGAGGCGUGGCUCCGCGGCAACGGCUGCAUCCCGCUGCACAACAAGAUGGAAGACGCGGCGACGGCCGAGAUCUCCCGCGCCCAAGUGUGGCAGUGGCUCCGCCAUGAGAUGGCCACCGAAGACAAGGCGCCCAUCACCAAGGCGCGCGUGCUUGCCAUUUUGGCCAAGUGCACGGCGGCCCGGGGCGCGUCCGCGCCUGCCGGCCACAAGUACCAGCUCGCGCACGACGUGCUCUUGACGGCGCUCGCCGGCGACGAGUUUGAUGAAUUUCUGACGCUGCCGUGCUACCCGCACGUCGUCUCGCUCGCGUAAGGAGCUAAGAUCCAAGUCGUAUCUCCCC